AUGUCGUCAUCACCCCUAUCACUGCCAAACAGUCCCUCGGAGGCCUUUUCAAUCAUUAAUUCCAUGUCAGCGGUCCUGAAUCCUUAUCCAUUCAUUCUACAAAUCAUUACUACUCAACAACAAAAACUCGCCAACUAUAGCCUUCCGACAGUCGUUGUUACCUUGGGGGUAGCCCAUCUUACUCUUCUACUUCUCGCUGCGAUCACAUUCAUUUUAAAAUCAUUGAGGAAAGAUAAUGGAAAGCGGCGGAAGAUCUGGUUUUGGCGAAGACACUACCUUUUAGACCACGAAAUUCCAUAUCUCGUACCCAACGGAAAUUUUUCGAUCGAGCUCUUGCAAAUAUUCAGCUGCUGUUUCUACAUACUUUUUUCAGCUACUACUUACGUAGUUUGCAAGUAUCCACAAGUUCCCUCUCCGGUCACACACGCAAGUAUCAUAUUUUGGUACGCAAUAGCUAUCGUCCCAGAUGCUGCUGCUUUCUGGUGGGGUGGAUGGGGUGCAUUUUAUCUUGUCUUCCUAUCGCCAACUCGAUUGGAAACGGUACAAUCAAAACGCAAGAUUCCUUUUAUCCACCAGCCUCUGUUCAUGAAUACUAUUUGCCUAGGGGUACCGGUGGGGUUUGCGACGUACUUUUUGAGUGUUGGUACUAAAAUGGCUGUUGAGCUCAAGCAAAUAAUCGAAUUGUACAACCUCUUGUUGAGGACCCUCGGAGAACUAUCGGCGCUUUGGAAACCUGAUGACCCUCUGCACUCUGAAAACAACCAAAUUCUGUUCAACAUUCUGGAAGCGCUCUCCAAAAAGUCCACACAAAUCUCUUAUUUAGCCCAGACGGAAACCUACGGUUGGGCUGUCGUGUCUGUCUCGACGAUCGCUUUUUAUUUGGGUGCCACAAUUGCUGCCGGGAAAUUGCUUAAGCAUACGUUAUUGAUUGCCACUGGGGAGAAGGUGCUGGGUGAAAAGCCCGCGCAUCAAGGCAAAUCGAGUGGAUUUCUCAACCAGAGCAUCUCAACCAUUGAUUCAAAAGUCGCUAGAUCAGAGGAAUUCAAGCCUACGUUUGUACAGUGUCCUUCCACACUCAGAUUAAAAAGAGGUUACUAUUUCAUAUAUAUUAGUUGUGCGAUCAUGUUCGCAGUUCUGGGGUUGAAUGUCUGCAUCAGUAUUAUUUUUGCACUGAAGACCAAAAUGGUCUUAGUCGAAACAUAUUGGCAGAUUCGCCUCCUAACGAUGAUAUGCUGUACAAGCGUACUUCUAUCAUUCUCACUGUUUCUUCAAAGCCUCAUGUUGUUACUUUGGGGUUAG